AUGUCAUCAUCAUCCGCAUCACAAGCCAAGCUCAAAGUGGGCGUUCUGGGCGCUACUGGUACGGUGGGUCAGCGAUUCAUCCUGCAGCUUGCGGAGCAUCCGCAGUUUGAGCUGGCGGCGUUGGGCGCGUCGUCGUCUUCGGCGGGCAAGACGUAUGCGCAGGCGGUGGAGGGACGAUGGAAGCAGAUCCGACGCAUCCCGAGCAACGUUGCGCAGAUGCCCGUGUACGAGUGCCAGGCGCACCACUUUGCCGAGUGCGCCGUGGUCUUCUCGGGCCUCGACUCGGGACCGGCCGGACCGGUGGAGGAUGCCUUCCGCAAGGCAGAGCUGCGAGUGUUUUCCAACGCCAAGAACUACCGUACCGACCCGCUGUGUCCUUUGGUAGUGCCACUGGUCAACCCGGACCAUAUGGAGAUCUUGCCGUACCAGAAGCAGCAGGUGGGUACCAAGACCGGCUUCAUCGUCACCAACGCCAACUGCUCCACCACCGGAAUCGUCGUGCCACUCAAGGCGCUCGAGGAGAAGUUUGGCCCGCUCGACCGUGUGCUGGUCAACACGAUGCAGGCCAUCUCGGGCGCUGGCUACCCCGGUGUUUCGUCGCUCGACAUCCUCGACAACGUGGUUCCGUACAUUAGCGGCGAGGAGGAGAAGAUCGAGUGGGAGACGGCCAAGAUCCUGGGUGGAAUCAAGUCGGACAAGACGGCGUUUGACUACCACGAGCAGGACGAGCUCAAGGUUUCGGCGCACUGCAACCGUGUGCCCGUGAUCGACGGUCACAUGGAAUGCGUAUCGGUAUCGUUCAAGCAGCGUCCCGCCCCGUCGGUGGAGGAAGUGAAGAAGUGCCUGGCCGAAUUCACCACCGAGGCGCAGAAGAUCGGCGUGCACUCGGCGCCGGCACAGGCCAUCACGCUGCACGAGGAGAAGGACCGCCCGCAACCGCGCAUCGACCGCGACUGGCAGAACGGCGCCGGCGUCAACGUGGGCCGCGUGCGCGAGUGUCCUGUAUUCGACAUCAAAUUUGUCGUGCUCUCCAACAACGUCAUGAUCGGCGCCGCCACCAGCUCCGUCAUGAACGCCGAGAUCGCACUCGCCAAGGGCUACCUCUCGCAGUGA